AUGUCUAUGAAGUGGCUCUCACUUCUGCUGCUGCUACAACUGACUUGCUACUUUAGCUCUGGCAGUUGUGGAAAGGUGCUGGUGUGGCCAAUGGAAUAUAGUCAUUGGAUGAAUAUGAAGACAAUUCUGGAUGAACUUGUCACAAGGGGUCAUGAGGUGACUGUUUUGAUACCUUCAGCUACCACUUUCAUUGGUUCAAAAAAACCAUCUUCUCUCAAAUUGGAGAUUUUCCCUGUAUCUUUAAUUAAAGAAGAAAAUGAGGAUUUUCUCAAACUUUUUGUUGGGAAAUGGAUGCGUGCGGUGAGAGAUUCCUUUUGGAAUCAUCUUUCAACAGUGAAAAGUUUAUUCUGGGAAUAUUCUGAUAUUUUAAUGAAGAUCUGCAGAGAAGUUGUUUCAAAUAAGAAACUUAUGACAAAACUGCAUGAAGAGAGGUUUGAUAUCAUUUUUGCAGAUGCUGUUGGACCCUGUGGUGAGCUGCUGGCUGAGAUACUUAAAAUACCAUUCAUGUACAGUCUGUACUCCUCACCUGGAUCUUCAGUUGAAAAGAAGAGUGGAAGGCUUCCAUUCCCACCAUCCUAUGUACCUGUUAUGUUUUCAGAAUUAAGUGAUCACAUGACAUUUAUGGAGAGGGUCAAAAAUAUGAUAUAUGUACUCUAUUUUGACUUCUGGUUCCAGGCAUUCAAUGAGAAGAAGUGGAAUCAGUUUUACAGUGAAGUACUAGGAAGGCCCACUACAUUAGUUGAGACAAUGGGGAAAGCUGAAAUGUGGCUCAUUCGAAACUAUUGGGAUUUUUCAUUUCCUCGCCCACGGCUACCAAAUUUUGAAUUUGUUGGAGGCCUCCACUGCAAACCUGCCAAACCCCUGCCUAAGGAAAUGGAAGAGUAUGUGCAGAGCUCUGGAGAAAAUGGUAUUGUGGUGUUUUCAUUGGGGUCAAUGGUCAGUAACAUGUCAGAAGAAAGAGCCAAUGUGAUUGCAUCAGCUCUUGCCCAGAUACCACAAAAGGUUCUAUGGAGAUUCGAUGGCAAGAAACCAGACACUCUAGGGCCCAAUACUCAGCUGUUUAAGUGGAUCCCCCAAAACGACCUUCUUGGUCAUCCAAAAACCAAAGCCUUUGUAACUCAUGGUGGAAGCAAUGGCAUUUAUGAGGCCAUCUACCAUGGGAUCCCUAUGGUGGGCCUUCCUUUGUUUGCUGAUCAACCUCAUAACGUUGUUCACAUGACGGCCAAGGGAGCAGCUGUCAGAUUGGACUUGGAAACAAUGUCAACAGGAGAUUUGCUCAAUGCAUUGAAGGAAGUCAUUAAUAAUCCUUCCUACAAAGAGAAUGUGAUGAGGUUAUCAGCCAUUCAGCAUGAUCAGCCUGUAAAGCCCCUGGACCGAGCAGUCUUCUGGAUUGAGUUCGUCAUGCGCCACAAAGGAGCCAAGCACCUGAGGCCAGCCGCCCAUGACCUCACCUGGCUCCAGUACCACUCUCUGGACGUGAUCGGGUUCCUGCUGGCCUGUGUGGCAACUGCUGCAUUUGUCAUCACAAAGUGUUGCCUGUUUUGUUACUGGAAGUUUGCUGGCAAAGGAAAGAAAGGGAAAAGAGACUAG